GUUUUCUUCAAAAAUGGAUGGGAUGUCUUCAGAGGCUAAUGAAGAAAAUGACAAUAUAGAGAGACCUGUUAGAAGACGGCAUUCCUCAAUUUUGAAACCCCCAAGGAGUCCUCUACAGGACCUCAGAGGUGGGAAUGAAACAGUUCAGGAAUCCAAUGCUUUGAGAAAUAAGAAAAACUCUCGUCGAGUCAGCUUUGCAGAUACUAUAAAGGUAUUCCAGACAGAGUCUCAUAUGAAAGUAGUGAGAAAGUCAGAAAUUGCAGAAACAGAAGCAGGAGAAAAUGUUCUGUUUACACAGAAUAAGAAUUCUGAAGAUAAUUACCAUGAGAUUUCUGGGAUGAACACAUUGCUUUGUGCUCCCAUUCAGACCCAGAUGCAACAGAAAGAGUUUUCCAUUAUAGAAUACAACCAUGAAAGGAAACAUGUGAAUGACCAGACAGUCAUCUUUUCUGAUGAAAACCAGAUGGACCUAACAGCAAGUCAUACCGUGAUGAUUACCAAAGGCCUUUUAGAUGGUACCAAAAGUGAAAAGUCCACCAAGAUAGAUACCACAUCAUUUCUGGCUAACUUAAAGCUCCACACUGGGGAUUCAAGAAUGAAAAAAGAAUUUAAUUUUUCUGUGGAUCAAAACACUUCUUCAGAAAAGAAAAUAAAUUUCAAUGAUUUCAUAAAAAGAUUGAAAACAGGAAAAUAUAAUGCUUCUCCUUCUACAGGGCCUGAUAAAGAAAAUUCUGAGAUACCUGUACAUUCCAAAGAAUCAAAUAGUGCCUCUUCUACACAUCAGAUGCAUGUAUCUCUUAAUGUAGAUGAGAAUAACAGUAAUAUGACUAGACUAUUUAGAGAACAAGAAGAAGGGAUGAAUUUCACCCAGUGUCAUACAGCCAAUAUUCAGACUUUGGUUCCAACAUCCAGUGAGGCCAACUUAUGGGAAUUUAAAGGUGGUAAUAAUACAAUAUAUGGCAGCAACUUUAUGGACUUGACAAUUAACCACACUAUACAGGUUUUACCCUCAGCAGAUAAUUUAUCUGAAAUAGAAAAUCAAACUCAGAAUGUUACGAUGGAUGUUACAACAGGCUAUGGAACUAAACCUCCAGGGAAGAAAACAAUCUUUAAGAAUAAACCAAAUACUGCUUUUCAAGACCCUUCCUUAAACCCCGAAGAUAAAAUACAUAUUACCAGGAGUCAUAUUAUGGAAGCAGAAACUCACACAGUUGUGCAGACUUCUAAUCAAGAUCCUAGAACACUGGCCAUGACGCCAGUAUCUAAGUGUUCUAGUCCAGCUGUUCAAGGUUAUAAGACAGUUUUCUAUUCUAGUUGUAAUGAUGCAAUGGAAUUGACCAAGUGUCUUUCAAAUAUGAAAGAGGAGAAAAAUUUGCUAAAGGAUGACAGUAAUUAUUCUAAAAUGUAUCCCAAUCCCGAUGCCAUCUCUCAUGUCAUAGAGGAAACUAUUUAUUCAGGAGAGGAUAGCAUGGACAUUACCAAGAGUCACACGAUUGCAAUAGAUAACCAGAAUUUUAAACAAGAUCAGACAAAUGUAGAGAUAGCAGCUGUACCAAUAUCUGAAAAAGAAAUUAUGCUCCAAAAUCUCAUAACUGUGUCAGAAGAUGGGAAAGUGAAUGUAAAUUGUAGCUCAGUUCCUUAUGUACAUAAGGAAAGAUUACAGCAAAGCCUGGCAAAUCCUUUAUCUAUUUCAUUGACUGACAAAAAGACUGAACUCUUAGCAGGUGAAGAUAUAGAUUUGACUGAAAGUCACACAAGUAACUUAGGAAGUCAAGCUCCUCUUGCAUCUUAUAACCCAGCACCUGAGAAUACCAGUAAAUGUCAGUCUCACAGCAAAAGCCCUUCAGGUGAAUGGGAAAAAAUGACCAAAAGUCAUAUUGAACCAUCCCCACGACAAGACAUAAUUUCUAAAAGCAUCCUAACUGACACCCGGGGCAAAGAAAAAGAUCAAGUUUUGACAAUUUCACUCUGUCUUGAUAAAGAUUAUCCUCAGUCAGCUAACAGUAAUCAGGACAUAAGCCAUAAUAUAGUCUAUUCUGGUAGAGUUCUUGAUAAACAAGAAGCACUGGGAAAUAACAGAAAUACAUUUUCAUAUGAACAAUCUUUGUUUUCUAUCACAAAGCCAUUAUUUUCAUCAGAAGGACAAUCUGCCAUGAAAAAUCACAGUGCUGCUAUUAACAGUCAUACAGUGAAAUCUGUACUAGGCCAGAAUUCUAAACUGCCUGAGCCACUGAGGAAAAGUUUAGGUGAUCCCAUACCUGACUGUUCUUAUGACAAGAUGAUUAUUUGUUCAGAGGAGGAGCAAAAUAUGGAUCUAACCAAGAGCCACACUGUUGUCAUUGGAUUUGGUCCUUCUGAAGUACAAGAACUUGGUAGAACUAAUUCAGAACACACUUCCAGCCAGCUAACAACAGUAAAAAGACAGAUAGCAGUAAAAAUUGAAAACUGUGAUAAAAGUCCUAUAGAAAAAACUGGAGUAUUUAUCAUGGAUGUAUUAGAGGAUGAAAAUGUACAGAAAUCUGGAUUUCUGAAGGAAAAGCAAAAUGUCAAAAUUUGUGGAAGGAAAAGUGUUGAUGAACUAAAAGUUGAUAAGACUACUGUAUUUUCAGAGGAUGAUAAAAAUGAUAUGGAUAUCACCAAGAGUUAUACAGUGGAAAUAAACCAUAGACCUUUAUUAGACAAACAUGAUUCUUAUUUGGUGCCUUCUGCAGGAACUUCUAAAACUGUUUUGUAUACAUGUGGGCAGGAUGAUAUGGAGAUCACUAGAUGUCAUACAACUGCCUUAAAAUGUAAAACUGUCUCACCAUAUGAAAUAACUACUAGGCCUAUGGACAAAACUGUAAUAUUUGUAGAUAAUCCUGAAGAACUAGAAAUGACAAAGUCCCACACUGUUUUCGUUGAUUACCAAGAAAAGGAAAGAACUGUGCUUCCAGACACACCUAAUUUUGAACUAUCCAAAAGGAAAAGCCUACGAAAUCCAAAAGCAACAUCUACUGAGGAAAAUGUUUUCUUUCCAGAAAAUGAUGAAUGUGACCAUCCUGCAGCAAAAGGCAGCCAGCUAACACUACUGAAGGAAUGGCCUAAUAUUGGUCCUAUAGAGAAAGGUGUAGCAUCUAUACCUGAUGAUGACAUGGAAAUGUCUAAAUCAACCACUUGGAUAGAUGUCAAAGAUGUACAGAAGUCUGGGUUUCUGAAUAAACCUCUAUCAGGCAAAAGUCAGAAAAGAAAAAGCCUUAGCCUCAAAAAUGACAAGACCAUUGUAUUUUCAGAGAAUGAUAAAAAUGAUAUGGAAAUCACACAGAGUUGUAUGGUAGAAAUAAAUAACAAAAGCUCCCUGGAAGAUAGAGAGGAUUUCCAUUUGCUACCUUUUGCAGGAACUUCUAAAACUGUGUUAUAUUCAUGUGGGCAGGAUGACAUGGAGAUCACUAGAAGUCACACAACUGCCUUAGACUGUAGAACCAUCUCACCAGAUGAAAUAACUGCUAGGCCUAUGGACAAAACUGUAAUGUUUGUAGAUAGUCACAAUGAUCUGGAAGUCACCAAGUCCCAUACUGUUUUCAUUGAUCGUCAAGCCACAGAGAAAAUAUUUAAAGAAUACCCUACAUUUGGAACAGCAAAAGAAAGAAACUUGGGUGUAUCUUUUACUAAGGAUGAUAGCUGUGUUCAAGAAAUCUCUAAAAAACAAGCACUGGCUGUAGAGAACAAAAUUGUUCUUCAUACUGAGCAAAAGCAUCAUAUGAUACCCUUUGUUUCUACUAAUACAUUGUCUGGGGAUCAAGAUGAAAUGGAAAUCAUCAAAUUCCAUAGUGCUGCUACAGAUGAAGAGGUCAUGGGGAAAGUUGUAGACCAGGCCUAUACACUGGAAAACGCCAAAAUUGACAGUAGUCACUUAUGCACUACUGAUGGAAGAAAUGUGGAUUUUAUAAGCAGUCAUGCAACUGCUAUUUGUGGAUCCAGUGAUGAUUAUUCCAGCUUACCAAAUAUGAUUUCCUGUUUAGAUGAUUUGAAGGAUAAUGUCUUGUCCUUACGUGAUAAAGAUAAGGAGAAAGCCAAUAAUCGUGCAGUGCAAAGUGAUAUUGCUUAUGCAGACGAUUUAGCUAGUAAAUAUUACUUGGAAUCUGAGGGACUGCCUCUCUCUGCUCCUUGUCCUUUGUUACAGAAGGAAGAAGUUAAUCAAGCCAAUACUACAGGACAGUUAGAUUGUGUUAAAACAUUGCUCAAAGAUCAGGAUCUGUUUAAGGAGCCCCAAAAUUUAUUAGCUAGUGAAACUGUAGUAUACAGUGAAGAUCUGGGGGAGAUGACUGACCUUAAUUCAAAGCAAGUAUCUUUUAAGCUUCCAAAGGAUCAAAUGGAGGCCUUUGUUGAUAAUGUUUGUAUUGCUUUUGAGCCUCAUCUCUCUACCCAGCAAUCUCCAUUAGCUCAAAAAGGACAGAGGAUUGUCAAUAAAGAUGAAGCAAUACUGUCUAAAACUGGAAAUAAGAGUUUAGAUAUUGUAGGAAAUUCCUCUGUACCCACAUGUGAAAACAAGUCCAAAAUGCUCAAUAAUGAGAAACAGUUUGCUAUAGCCUGUAAAAAAGAACUGAAGGAAGAUAUUCAAACAGUGAAAUGUAAAACAGGUAUAGAUGGCCACAGUAACUCAAACUCAACUAAGCAAGUUAUUCAAACCCAUGCCAAUGCUAGAGAAGCCUCAGAUCCUAUAAUUGCAUCCAAUGCUCCAUGUUUUAGUAGUGUCAAACCAAAUCCGAAUAAUUUGAAUGGAAAAACUGAAGAGUUUUUAGAUUUUCGAACUGGUCAUAUACCAGCUCCUCCAGAACAAUUACUUGAAUUAGGAAAUAAGGCACACAAUGAUAUAAGUAUAGUGCAAGCAACAGAAAUACCUAAUAUUAACCUUGUCUCUAGCAAUGCUAAAGAUAAUAAAGGUGAAAAAAAUAAAAAUUCUCAUAAUGGAGUUGAAACCACCUCUGUACCGUUAAAUGCAGUUGUUAAAGAUAAAGUGAGGCGAUACUCUUUGGGAAUCUUUUUGCCCAGAUUGCCGAACAAGAGAAAUUGUAGUGUCACUGGUAUUGAUGACCUGGAGCAGAUUCCAGCAGACACAGCUGGAAGUAAUUUAAAUCACUUAGAAACUCAGCCAGUCUCCAGCAAGGAUUCAGGCAUUGGAUCUGUUGUAGCUAAACUGAACUUAAGUCCAUCUCAAUAUAUAAAUGAGGAGAAUCUCCCUAUAUUUCCUGAUGAGAUUAAUUCUUCAGACUCUAUUAGCGUAGAAACCGAGGGAAAGGCUUUAACUGAGACAUACCAAAAAGCAAUUUCAGCAUCUGAAAAUAAAAUGGAAGAAACUUGCAAUAGCCAGAAAAGAACCUGGAUACAAGAAGAAGAUGAUGAUAUUCAGAAUGAGAAAAAAAUCAGAAAAAAGGAGAUUAAGCUUAGUGGUACUGCACAAGAUCAUGAGGUUUUUGAUCACCACACUGAAAGAGAUAUAGAUAAAAACUCAAAUGGUAUAUUGAUAAGAAGCCUGAGCCGGACCCCAUCUAGUUGCAGCAGCUCUCUGGAUUCAAUCAAGGCUGAUAGGACCUCUCCAGACUUCAGCACACACCGCAGCAGUCCAGUGGAAUCACAGUUUCUUACAGACACUAUUUGUGAAGAGAGCUUAAGGGAGAAACUCAAAGAUGGGAAAAUAACAAUAAGGGAGUUCUUUAUACUCCUUGAGGUCCACAUCUUGGUACACAAACCCCGACAGAGCAAUCUCCCAGCCAAAUUUACUAUAAAUACACCACCUACUCCAGAAGACCUGAUGUUAAGUCAAUAUGUUUACCGACCCAAGAUACAGAUUUAUAGAGAAGAUUGUGAGGCUCGUCGCCAAAAGAUAGAAGAAUUAAAGCUUUCUGCGCUGAACCAAGAUAAACUGUUGACUGAUAUAAAUAGGAACCUGUGGGAAAAAAUGAGACACUGCUCUGAUGAAGAGCUGAAGGCCUUUGGAAUUUACCUUAACAAAAUAAAAUCGCGGUUUACCAAGAUGACUAAAGUCUUCACUCACCAAGGAAAAGUGGCUCUGUACAGCAAGCUGGUACAGUCAGCUCAGAAUGAGAGAGAGAAACUUCAGAUAAGGAUAGAUGAGAUGGACAACAUACUUAAGAAGAUUAAUGACUGUCUCACUGAGUUGGAAAUAGAAACUAAGAAUUUAGAGGAUGAAGAGAAAGACAAUUUUAUGAAACAAUGGGAUUCUGAAUUGAAAGCGGCAGAGAAAGAAUUGGAACAGCUGAAAACUGAAGAAGAUGAGCUUCAAAGAAAUCUCUUAGAACUGGAGGUACAGAAAGAACAGACCCUUGCUGAAAUAGACUUUAUGCAAAAACAAACAAAAAGAACUGAAGAGCUACUGGAUCAGUUGAGCUUAUCUGAGUGGGAUGUCACUGAGUGGAGUGAUGAUCAAGCUGUAUUCACCUUUGUUUAUAACACAAUAGAACUCACCAUCACCUUUGGAGAGCCAAUAGUUGGUCUCCCUUUCCUGGACAAAACUUAUAGGAAGAUUAUUGACCUGAAUUUUCAAUCUCUGUUAGAUGAGGAUAAAGCUCCUCCUUCCUCCCUUUUAGUUCAUAAGCUUAUUUUCAAAUACAUUGAGGAACACGAAUCCUGGAAGAAGAAAUGUACAGCACAGCACCAGGUACCCAAGAUGCUUCAAGAACUCUCACUGGUAGUGAACCAUUGCAGACUCCUUGGAGAGGAGAUUGAAUUUUUAAAAAGAUGGGGACCAAAUUAUAACCUAAUGAACAUAGAUGUGAAUAAUACUGAAUUGAGGCUUUUAUUCUCCAGCACUGCAGCAUUUGCAAAGUUUGAGAUAAUUUUGUCUCUCUCGGCCCAUUAUCCUUCUGUCCCGUUACUUUUCACCAUUCAAAAUCACCUUGGGAACAUCGGCCAAAAUGAAAUUGCUACCAUUCUAUCUAAAGUGCCACUGGAGGACAACUACCUGAAGAAUGUAGUCAAGCAAAUUUACCAAGAUCUGCUUCAGGACUGUCAUUUCUACCACUAGACGCAUGGACCACAGCUAUACCAACCAAGCAGAAUGUACUUAAUAAUUUUUAUGUCUGGGUCUCCAUUGCUGUUUAACCUUUUUCUUUAAGUCAUAGAAGCUUAGUAAAAAUUCCUUCUGAUGAUGUUAUAGUUAAUUUGUAUAGUUAGUUUUUAAAUCUGUAUGGUCAGGAAUAGUGAAAGGCAUCAAAUAGCCUGCUAUCAACUUGCUCAUUUUUGUACCAAAGGUUUAAGGACAUAAAAAGAAGAUAUCCCCUAACUAAAGCCUUGCUCUCUGCUUUAGUACAAGCCCUUAAGAGUAAUUAUUAAGUAUAAGAGGAAGCAUCACAACUGACAAAAACAUUAGCCAUUUCUCCAUAUGUGGACCUAUGAUUAGGUAGCCUGGCUUCUGCCUAGCAGGUAUUUCUGGAGUAGAGACAUGUCUGUCUACAAACUACUCAUCCCCCUUUUUCUCUAUUUCAGAAAUGCUAUUAAGAGAAAGUAAUAGCACUCAGCUAUUGGAAUGGUUGCCAUCUUUUCUUGAGGGUCUUGCCUUUUAUUCUAUAGUGCCUAUUAAUAAAUAUACUUUUCUUAAUAAAUAUACUUUUUCUAGGGGAAUUAAAUUCAUUUUGGCAAAGUACAUAUAUGUAAAUAUAUUAAUGUUGUUUUUGUGUUUGUAAUGUAGUAAGGAGAUGUAUAUAGAAAUUCAUGGAGAUGUAUAGAGAAAUACCCUUCUGCCUAGUCAGUUUCCAUCUUUCUGAAGGAAGCUUUGCAGCAAGAUUCUCAAUUUUCUUUUAUUAAAUAAAAAUACUUGAAUAUCACAUUCAAAACACUAGUUUUUCAAUUUCUGGCAGUAAUAAUAAACUUAACUAUAAAUAUUGGUUCUUGAAGCCAUAACCUCCUCAUACGCAAAAAUAAGCAUAUCCAUUGAUUAUUAAAUGACCGGUAUUUAAUGAGGUAGACAAGUAUGAAAAAACUUUUAGCCAAACUUUGUCAAAUUCUAUUCAUGAUAUCUUUUGUUUCUUUUAUAUUUAAUUCUAAACUAAAAUAUAUUUGCAUUUUUAAACUAAUUUGUCUUAAAAUUUUGCAUUAUACUUUAGGAUCAGAUUAAAGUCCUGUGGGUCUCAAGAAUGUUAUCCUCCCUCUUGAUUGGUUUUUACACCUGAGCUAUAUGUCAAAAGAUCACAUCAUCUUUUAAGCUUCAAAAGUCAAUACAUACUCAUUUGCCAUAAAAAUCAAGAUGUAGAUAUUCUCUACUUGCAUAAACAUCUUGAAAAACUU